AUGGGCAUUUCCAUCAAGCCAACUGCUCUGGAACGAAUUGCUACUACCGAAAAAGAGAAGGCAAAAUUACUCAUAAUGCCAAACGGGACCUCAGUUCCAGAUCCUUUGACACUGAAGGAUGGCUGGGUGAAGGAAAGCGAGAACAUGACUUCUUGGCCGCCGAUAUACCUGAGUGAUAUAACAUUGUUUUUGAUGAGGGAAGGAUGUUGCAUUCCACAAACGCGUCCUAAAUGAAUACAAAGAAGGGAAGGCGUAUCGUUUGUUUGACUCUGGCUGGUUGAAAGAGAUAUCAUAUCAUAAAAUCACGGAUGACUCGGAAUGUUGCUUUUUAAAAGCAAAAUGCACUCAUUCCAUGAAAAUAUCGGAUACACCGCAUUCUGCAUGGAUUUGUGCGAACAAGAAUAAUGGCUUUAUAGUCAAUGUCUACUGUACAUGUGUUGCUGGGUUUUUAUUACCAAAAUAGAUAAAAGUGGACAUAAAUUAGUAUUAAUUUGUAAGGUCAAACCCUAUUUUUCAUAUCAUUUCAUAGUUUCAUGUUACUGGUGUGAUGGUGCUAUAUGGUGGUAGGGACUCAACCAUGGAAUUAAAAAGGGUACAAGCUCCUUGAAACUAAGAGAGAGUCAUGGUAUAGUAUAAACCAACUAGUGGUCUAUUACAAAUCCUUUAUUCUGAUUGAGAGUGAGCAACUAAUGGCCUAUUAAUGAUAGACCGUGCCUGGCAAAACCACCUGCUUUCUUGCAAUUUGAUUUUUUUUUUCAACACAAAAUAAUGGUAUCCACACUCACAAAACAGAUUAACUUGUUGGUCUAUACUGAAACAAUUAGAAUUUGCAUCUUUUUGUGGUAUUGGCCUCUGGCCCUGUGGUGCAUUUGUCAUAUAGCACAUUCUGACUUGAGGUCUAAUUAUUAAUUAAUUCUUAGGUUGCACUUGACGUCACCAAAAAUCAAACUAAGAAACUAUCGAUUCUUCUGAGUUUCUACUUCCACGAGGUAUUACAGCACCUAAACAUCUUUACAUAAACAAGUUUUUGGUUCGAAAGGGUUCUUCGUUUUGCGAGAGAGGACACUUGAAUUUCCAGGCUUUAGCGUCACGCGGCAUUUAGCUGGCGGCCGGGAAAGCUCUUAUGUGGAUUAAAAACAUUACCGAUUUUGGUUUUACUGUAACCCUUAUGAGUUCCUCAAGCGAAGAAUUCACGCAUUAGUAGGAAAACUCGAAAACAGAUGUUUCUGUUGGUAUCCAGCGGCCAUAUUAGGGAGUUUAAGAUACGGAGACUACGGACUACGGCUACGGAUAAACAUGCUACUGCGCAUGAUCAAAACCACGUGACUGUUCAUUUUUCCCGCGUAGUCCUGCGGCUACGGUGAGUUGUUGAGCUGUUUCGCGUAGUCGGGACUACGGAGGACAUUUUGCUCGUAUUUUGCCGUCUCGGUAAUUCAAGAAUCUCGUCUUUUCGUAAAAAAGGUUCAAUUUGCCUGCUUUAAGUGAGAGGGAAGCGAAAUAUGUAAGUUGUGUCUAAUUUCUGCUUAGAUUUACGCUUUUAAUCCACCGUUGUGACUACAUUUUUAUCUAGCUAAGCUCAUAUUGAAAGAAGUUUAGCUGUUUAUACGCAGAAUUCCGAUUGAUGGCCGAGGAGAAGAGAAAUCAUGCAGGUAAUUUACUCUCUCUUCACACUUGAAAACUUUCAAUGUUUGUUCGAACUGAUUAGUGUGUCUUUCUACUUGUGUGACCUUUGUUUAUGCGAGUUUUUGUAUCGCAUUUGCUGAAUGAAAAUGAUGUAAACAUCUUCGAGACAAUCGAAACUGGGCAUUUCAAUACUUCAAACUACAUCACAUCAGUAGUCGGAGAAGUCCAUCUUCUAAAUCUAAUAAAUGAGCUAUUUCUUUAAUAUUUUACAUAAGUAUUCAUGGGCGAAAAAAAUAAAACCUGUGCAACCAAAACUUUGUUUACCAAUUUCACCCGAGCUACGGCGAUGGAACAAGGAGUAAAGUUGUAGGCGAAUCAACUUGUACGCGAAUCGACUUGUACAUAAUUGCUUCCUUCAAGUAUGGAAGAAUUUGUUCAUUGUUCUAAAGAUAAGAUCACAUGCAAAACUGACUUGCAUUUUUGUGAACUGUGGUGAAAACAAGAAAAUUUUUGCAUGUUGUUUCCCUCUUCGCCUCUUCUCUCGUAGUCUGCCGUCUGUAGUGGAAUCUUAACGUUCUAUAUUUGCACGACUCAACCCAGUGCUACAAACAAACGGCAACGCUCGUCCAGCCGUAGUUCGUAGUCCGUAGUCUCCGUAUCUUAAACUCCCUAUUGGUGUUCCUGAAAGGGACACCAACAUGGCGUUUCCAUACAAAGCUUUAUAAAUUUAGGUAAUCCGUUUUUCCCAAUAUCUCGCAAUUGAAAUAUUUCACAGACCUGAUUCAGUUGGCAAGGGUUUUUGUAUAUUUAUCUUUUUUCAUUUCCCAGAUUCUAGUCCUUCUGUAUUGAAUGGUUUGCAUUUUUAUUUUUCAUUGCAUGACAGUGCAAGCUGAGAAUAGGGAGAUGAAUUUCACAAAACUAGGAGCAGGGCAAUAUUAUUCUUGAAGCCCCCAACAGUGUUGAGGUUUUUAGAUGCUACAUGAUUAUUUUCAUUCCCCUUUUUUAUAAUUUCAGAAUGAGCAGCUCUUGUAUUCACAUCACAGCAUUGCUGUUUAGAGUUGAGGCAAACUUUUACAGAGUAUUCACUAAAGUAGAAUCAAUGAAAGUCAAUAAAGAAAAUAGUGCCGAUAAACUUGUUGAUAGCUUAUUGGGAAAAGCUAAACCACCUACAAAUUUACCAGCUCUUAAAUAUCGCAGAGAUAUGGGACCAUUGCAGUUAAGGAAUUCAUCAAAUACUUCAAAAAACACCACAAGGAUGUUAGGUAUAGAGAAUGUGGUAUCUUUAUUGAUAAAACUAAACAGUACUUAGGAGCAUCCCCAGACUUACUGAUAGAGUGCUCUUGUUGUGAGGAAGCAGUAGUAGAGAUCAAGAACCCUUUUAGCAUUGCCAAUGAAAUUCCCUCAGCACAUAAUCUGUCAUACUUAUGUAUGUGUAAUGGACAAGUAGCUUUAAAGCAGCAGCAUCAGUACUUUGCACAGGUCCAGGGUGAGAUGGCUAUAACAAAGAGGCAAGUGGGCUAUUUCUUUGUAUACACACAAAAGGGCUAUCACUUGGAAACAAUCAGAUUUAAUGCCACA